AUGAGGGCCUUUGAUCUCAGAAGUUUCUGUGAAAACCUCAACCAUAGCACCGAGUUGAAAUUCGUCAUACGAGGACAAGAUUGGUUAUUCGGUGAUGAGAAGAGGGCGCUUCUACCUGACGCUGUUGAUCACUCUUCCGGCGAGUCCGGUCAACGAUGCCAUGCUAUAAGAAUACCAGUCAACAACUUGAUUACGCAGAAGCUACAUUUUUUCCAGCCACCCUGGCGACACUACCAAGUUUCAAAAAUUAGGUUGAACCAUCUUCUCCUUUCUACUGUUUACGCCGGCAUUGCUAAUAUUCUCUUUUUUUCUUUUUUUUUAUGCCAGUCCCUUCCGGCCUCCAGCGGCCGUUGCGCUGUCGACGAACUGGUAGACCGUCUGCUGGACCAUGUGGAGCCUCGCAUGCGCGACUGCUUCGACCGACAGUCCGACAAGGUAGGCCUAUUUGCCCUCAGCUGGUCUGAUACUUUCUUUUAUAAUUACUUUGUAGAGAAACAUAGACAAUUGGGGAUGCACACACACACGCACACACACAAGAAAACACUCAUUCUUAGCAUUCAAAGUGUUUCCAAGUCUGUCUAUUUCAAUGACCUCUACAAUUUGGCAUUCGGUAGCGGAUAUUUCAUAGUUUGUAAACUGAAGAGUCUCAGAUCACUCCAUGCGAAUAAAUGUUGGUUCUCGAGGAGUCUCUUAGUUUAUACUUCCUGUUUGAGUGAAGCGUUUGGCAAUGAGGAGAUUUGA